ACAUUACAGAUGGAGUGUGAAAGUAAGUGUGCUAGUAGGAUGGAUCAAUAAAAGUAGAGACCCAUACGGACGCCAUAUUAUCCCAAGCAAAAUGGCAGAACAAGAGAACAGUUGACAAAGUCUGCUGGCUUUCAUUGACAGAUGCUUUCUCGUGGCACGAUAGACCCGCAACAACAACGCAUCGACGACUAUCAAAUCUGCUCCUAUAUUCAUGGUGGUGGCCAUUAACUAUGAUCAAGUUCCUGCUGAUGGUCAACAAACAAGGGGAGAUUCACCUGUCUAAGUAUUAUGAGACAGUGGACAUUAAGAAGAGGGCAGCUCUUGAAGCUGACGUGGUCAGGGAAUGUCUAUCCCGGAGGAAGGAAGAGGUCAAUUUUAUUUCCCAUCCACUUUCAUGUUCGUUUGUGGAGUAUAAGGACUACAAACUGGUAUAUCGUCAAUAUGCAGCUCUUUUCAUUGUUGUUGGCAUAACUGACAAUGAGGUUACGUUAUUGUCAAUUUAUGAGCUUGUACACAACUUUGUCGAAGUGUUUGACAAGUAUUUCAGUCGCGUGAUCAUGUUCAAAUUGGAUAAAGUACACAUUAUCUUAGAUGAAAUGAUCCUGAAUGGACACAUUGUGGAGACAAACAAGAACCAAAUACUUGCACCAUUACUGGCCCUGGACAAGAUGACUGAAAGCUGAUAAAAUGCAAUAAUAUUUCAUUAAUAUUCAGUUAAUAAACCAAACAAAUGUUACUCACUAAUCUUAAGUGUUUAUCUUCCAUUAUUUUUAUUUUUUUUCCUCGCAUAUUUUGAUUUGACCUGCAAUAAACCCAAUGCAUUGCGUAAACGGAGACAAAGUUCCUUUCUGAAGAGAAACUUUAUAAUGCAUGAAAACCCCCUGGUCU